AUUAGGAUUCCUUUCUUACAGGAGGGGUGUUUGAUGAGAACGUGUCGGGGUAACCCUCAUCUCCAGUUCUCCGGAUCCCGCCCAGGGCCCCUAGCCACGAACAAGGACGCCUUCCCGGCCUUUAGCAGCAGUCAGCAGCUUCUCGUUUCAUCAGCCAGCCACCACCAACCAACCACAGCGAAACACCUCUUUCUCGCUCUCUCAUAAACGACGAGGAGGCCGUACGGCACUCCGCAAGCUUCUCAGUUCACUCUCUGGUCUCCAGUCUCCACCGCUCCAGCAGCCUGAGCUAGUGAGCUGAGCCCCGAGCUGCUAUACCGUACACCAAGUGCACAAGCGGAUCGGAUCGGAUCGGAGCGAGAUGGCCGCGGCCGGGCUGGGCGUGAAGGCGACGCCGUUCACGUACGCGGCGCACGCGCUGGCCGCGGUGGCGGCGGCGCUGGUGCUGGUGUGGUGCGUCCACUUCCGCGGCGGCCUCGCGCUCGAGGCACAGAACAAGAACCUCAUCUUCAACGUUCAUCCUGUUCUUAUGCUGAUCGGCUACAUUAUCCUCGGCAGUGAAGCCAUUAUGAUCUACAAGGUGUUUCCGAACCUGAACCACGACACGGCCAAGCUGACGCACCUGAUCCUCCACGCCGUCGCGACCGUGCUCGGCGCCUUCGGCAUCUACUGCGCGUUCAAGUACCACAACGACAGCGGCAUCGCCAACCUCUACAGCCUGCACUCCUGGCUCGGGAUCGGGACCAUCGCUCUGUACGCCAUUCAGUCGAUGCUGUGUUCGCAGUGGGUGUUCGGGUUCGUGACCUUCUUCCUCCCCGGCGCGGCGCCCGGCGUGAGGCGCGGCGCGCUGCCCUGGCACGCGCUCUUCGGCCUCUUCGUCUACGUUCUGGCGCUGGCGACCGCGGAGCUCGGGUUCCUGGAGAAGCUGACCUUCCUGGAGAGCGGGGGGCUCGACAAGUACGGCGCCGAGGCGUUCCUGGUCAACUUCACGGCGCUCGUCGUCGUGCUGCUCGGCGCCUUCGUCGUCGUCGCCGCAGUCACUCCGGCGCACGCCGAGGAACCGCGGGGCUACGCCCCGAUUCCGGUCAGCUAGAGGGGGAGGAGUUCGCUGGGCAGUCAGAAGAGGGCAGCUGUGUUUUGUUUUUGAAUUGAACCAUGACACAUCAGGCGUGUGCGUGCCUCGCGUCCGGGUUUACUUCGAAGCGGACGCGACGGGUUUCGGUCUAUGAAUGAAUACAGCCCGAUGGGCCGCAGCUUUCCACAAACA